CGAGACUAUUUUAUCAGAAACUCGAAAAAAUGAUAUUAAUCUGAUAAACAAUUAGUGAUCUGUUCAAGUGAAUCGGCAGUAUUUCUAAAGGCAACUGAAGGGCAAAAACGUCUUAAUUUAUCAGAGAGAAAAACGAAUAAGUGCAUACCAUACAUACAUAUUAACAUGAUUAACUAUACGAGGAAAUACUGGACAGUUGUACUCUGCCUAUUUUGGUUUUCACUUUCCUUGAUCAACGGCUCCUUCAUAUUGCCAGAGAAUGACCCUCCCACAACGGCGCCAAAGUUUUUAUCCAGAGGUCACUUGUACAAGGUCAUCGUGGGGGAGACCAUCGAGUUGCCCUGCAAAGUCCAGAACCUCGGCUCGUUUGUGCUCUUGUGGCGGAAGGGGUCUUCUGUGCUCACAGCCGGACAUUUGAAAAUAACAAGAGAUCAGCGCUUUAAGAUAGUGGGCGACUAUAACUUGCAGAUCAAUGGAGUAAAGACUCAAGACGCUGGAGAUUAUAUAUGCCAGCUUGGUGAUCAGGAGAACCGAGACCAAGUUCACACGGUGGAAAUUUUGGUUCCGCCCACACUGAGGGCCCUGCCUCAUAAUGGUCAAGUGACUGCCCGGAAGGGAAGCACCGUCACCCUGGAGUGCAAGGCGUCUGGCAAUCCGGUGCCCACCAUAUUUUGGUUCAAGAAGGAUGUGUUUUCCGGGCCAACACACCUGUCGGAUAGUUCUACACUCAUAUUGGAAAACGUGGACAGGCACCACGCAGGCACAUAUCAAUGCUCAGCGGAUAAUGGGGUAAAAGAUCGCGUAUCCAUGGACAUACAACUGACCAUACUCUCUCCCCCUGAAAUAACGGUAGAGAAAUCUUGGGUCCAUGCAUCCGAAGGAUACGAUGUGGAGCUCGUUUGCAUAGUUCAUGGAGAUGUAAACUCAGAAAUGCUGUGGUACCAAAACUCUUUUCUCCUCGAUGCUACCGAUCGGCGAUCUAUGUAUCCACGAGAUGAUCGGUACAGCCUCAUUAUCCGGAACUUCCAGCCAACGGAUUUUGGCAAUUAUAGCUGUGUGGCGGAUAAUGCUUUGGGGAGAACAAAGAAGUAUAUUGAAGUAUCUGGACGACCCGGUCCGGCCGACUUUAUAUCCCCCGCGUUGAGUGGAUUCUUGGAUCACUACAACUUGACGUGGACAAUUGAGUCCAUACCGGCGCUUGAUGAGAUUAAGUUGUUGUAUCGCCGUUUAUUGAUGAACGAAACCUACCAGCACCCUGGUAAAUGGCACGAGUAUCACAUCAAGCCAACGCCAAUCAGAACGGAUGGAUCCCACUUUCUAAUGUCGUAUCUCGUAAAAAACUUAGAACACAACGCCGUUUAUGAAGCGAUUGUUCAGGCUAAAAAUAAAUACGGAUGGAACGAGAUAAGCGAUAUCCACCAGUUCUACACGAGAAAUCAUGAUCUACUCCUUGAUAUCGACAUGGAAUACAAAAUGGGCAUUUCAAGCAAUAUUCGAAUAUCUCCAACUGUCUCCGGAAUAAUUUUAUCUGUAUUUAUGUUAGUACUCUAUCCCAUCAUUAGUGUUUAAGGAAUAACAAAUAGGGUUUAUUUGCAAAUAUAAUUUAAA